UUUAGUGUUACGAGGUUGUUUUUGUCAGCUGUAUCUGGUGUGCCGGUGGAUCUGCGGAGUCUCUCUGUCUCCAGGGACCACCUCGCAGCUGUCACGACCUGAACCGCGGCCUGGUGCCCUGUGGUGGGGCCGCCAUUGGCUGGAGCCAUGCCCACGGCCGCUGCCCCCAUCAUCAGCUCGGUCCAGAAGCUGGUGCUAUAUGAGACCAGAGCUAGGUACUUUCUCGUUGGGAGCAAUCACGCAGAGACGAAGUACCGAGUCCUGAAAAUCGAUAGAACAGAGCCAAAGGAUUUGGUGGUAAUUGACGACAGGCACGUGUACACGCAACAGGAAGUGCGGGAACUCCUUGGCCGCCUGGAUCUAGGAAACAGAACAAAGAUGAGCCAGAAAGGGUCCUCCGGGUUGUUUCGAGCUGUCUCGGCUUUUGGUGUUGUAGGUUUUGUCAGGUUCUUAGAAGGCUACUAUAUUGUAUUAGUAACUAAGCGGAGGAAGAUGGCAGAUAUCGGAGGCCAUGCGAUAUAUAAGAUUGAAGAUACAAGCAUGAUAUAUAUCCCCAAUGACUCUGUUCGGAUUACUCACCCGGAUGAAGCUAGGUACUUAAGGAUAUUUCAAAAUGUGGAUCUAUCUAGCAAUUUUUACUUUAGUUAUAGCUAUGAUUUGUCACACUCGCUUCAGUAUAAUCUUACCGUCCUGCGAAUGCCCCUGGAGAUGUUAAAGUCAGAGACAUCCACGGCGUGCCAGGAAAGCUUCGACAUCUUUGAAGAUGAAGGGUUAAUCACACAGGGUGGCAGUGGCGUCUUUGGGAUCUCUAGUGAGCCUUACAUGAAGUAUGUCUGGAAUGGUGAACUUCUGGGUGUAGUUAAGAACGCCGUGCAUCGCGACUGGCUGUUGUACAUUAUUCAUGGGUUCUGCGGGCAGUCAAAGCUUUUGAUCUAUGGACGACCAGUGUAUGUGACCCUAAUAGCCAGAAGGUCCAGUCGGUUUGCUGGGACGCGCUUUCUCAAGAGAGGUGCAAACUGUGAGGGUGACGUUGCAAAUGAGGUGGAGACCGAGCAGAUCCUCUGUGAUGCCUCUGUGAUGUCUUUUACCGCAGGCAGUUACUCUUCUUACGUACAAGUUAGAGGAUCCGUUCCCUUAUUCUGGUCCCAAGACAUCUCAACUAUGAUGCCAAAGCCACCCAUUACACUGGACCAGGCAGAUCCCUUUGCACAUGUGGCUGCUCUUCACUUUGACCAGAUGCUCCAGAGGUUUGGCUCUCCCAUCAUCAUCUUGAACUUAGUGAAGGAGAGAGAGAAGAGGAAGCACGAGAGGAUUCUGAGUGAAGAGCUGGUGGCUGCAGUCACUUACCUCAACCAGUUCCUGCCCCCGGAGCACACCAUUGUCUACAUCCCCUGGGACAUGGCCAAGUACACCAAGAGUAAGCUGUGCAACGUUCUCGACCGGCUGAAUGUGAUUGCAGAAAGCGUGGUAAAGAAGACUGGAUUCUUUGUGAACCGCCCUGAUUCUUACUGCAGCAUUUUACGGCCGGACGAGAAGUGGAACGAACUAGGAGGUCACGUGAUUCCCACUGGUCGGCUCCAGACCGGCAUCCUUCGAACCAACUGCGUGGACUGUUUGGAUCGCCCAACACGGCGCAGUUUCAUGGUGGGCAAGUGCGCCCUGGCUUACCAGCUCUAUUCCUUAGGACUGAUUGACAAGCCCAACCUGCAGUUCGAUACGGACGCAGUGAGGUUAUUUGAGGAGCUCUAUGAAGACCAUGGAGACACCCUUUCCCUGCAGUACGGGGGCUCUCAGCUGGUUCACCGGGUAAAGACCUACAGAAAGAUAGCGCCGUGGACCCAGCACUCCAAGGACAUCAUGCAGACGCUGUCCAGGUACUACAGCAACGCCUUCUCAGUUGUGGAUGCCGGAAGUCUAACAGUGUCAGCAGGACAGUUCCCACUGAAAGCCAUGGACGAGGACCCUCCCUUGCUUCUGUCUGCUGGUGGCCGGCAGCCUUGUGUCUGUGGACUGGCACAGUGGUGCGCCUCACGCUUUACUCCUUGUGUUGAGGUCUGUCUUCAUGACGUUCUCUUCCGUGUUUCCCUUUCCUUUUCCUAUGAGGACACCAGCCAGCCUGACUGGAUCAAGAGCCCGGUGUACCCCAGUGUGAUUGCAUCUUAA